ACGCUCGCAGUCAACAACCCCACGGGCACCAGCCCCGCAAAGAAAACGAAAAUCGGGCUGCUGCUGCGUUUUGUAAGCCGUGCGUUCCCUUUGAGAGAAAAUGACCGAUCAUUAAAACUUCUAUGAACGUCAUAAAAACAUGGCUGAAAAUUCUCAAACGCCGUCGCAGCAAUCAUCUAGAAUUCAUCUACCCCCACCACACACACCAGUUCAUUCCGACACUCUCCUGCCCUUAGAAGUUUUGCCCUCGUAUCGCGCUCAAGAGGCGGUUAUAGAAAACAUAAAUCUUGUACGCCAACCCUCCUCGUAUAAAUAUAACAAUUUAUACUAUAACUCUAACCGUUUAGAGUCUAAAUCAAUGUCACAAGUAUCUACUGCAGAUUCCAAGAAAAAAAUCUCUAAUAACGCCUAUUAUGAUCUGAAAUCUUCUUCCCAAGUUGUUCAAACUCCUAUUCCAAUAAUAACAAAUAGUCGAUCACCACUUGCAGAUACUAUCAAUUUAGCACCUAAACCUCCUCCAUUAGAAACUAUAUUCCAAAAACAUAACACUAAAACCUUAACUCGGUUAAAUGAACCUACCACCUCUACAGCAUAUGAACUCCGGUCCUCGAAAUACACAUUACAAUCCUCCACUUCCUCAGAAUCUAGUCAGACACACAACACAAGCACUCGAAAUCAAGGUACACAAACAAUGGUCACAGCACCUUCGUUGCUACAGAUAGAAAUGCCUCCAGGAUAUAAGACACUCAAGCCUCCUCAAGAUAUUUGUGCAUCCAAUCACUCAGUUCUUACACCUACUCGAACGGUUCCAUCCCUACCAUCCGCUCCAGAAAAGUCCGAAAACUCAUUAUCACUUUCCAUGUCCGUUUCUACGCCAUCUGCAGCAAUCACCAUAAUCGAAAAUAUAUCAAGGUGCGAUCAACCUCAACGAGUGAACCCGGUCACGAGAAAUGUUGCAAGACUAAUCAUGAAUGGAUUGACGAAAGUUAUACCAUUUAUCAAAAGCUACGUUUCAAAAAGCAGCGAGCCACGUCCAUAAAACAACUAUCAAUUUUAAAUAGUUACUACAUUCCACUUUUCUA